AGCGCUGGCCUUGUGUUUAGAUUUAGAUUUAUCGGAAGAAAAAUAUAAUAGACUACGCAAAGUUGCUAACAAUAUACAUGCGGAUUUUUUCCCAAGCACGUAUGCGUUAAACCAAUUAAAACAAAGUUUAGUACCACAUAUAGAAGCGACGGAAACUUCAGCAGAAGUUAAUUUAAAGGCUCUUGUACAUAUUACAUCCAAACACAUCUUAGAAGUUUGUGCAGACAAACACCCAGUGGGCAAACUUUCACUUAUAUGUAAAUGGGGAAUGGAUGGCAGUUCUGGCCACAGUCGAUAUAAGCAAAAAUUCUCCGCGGAAGACCUCUCAGAUGAAUUUAUUUUCGUAAUUGCUUUGUUACCACUUAAGCUCAUCGAUUCCUCAUCAGGUAAUGAAAUAUGGGUCAACCGAACUCCCUCUUCUACGCUGUUCUGUAGACCAGUGAAAUUCGUUUAUACGAAAGAAGGAAAGGCGUUAAUUCAUUCAGAAUAUAAUAAAAUAAUUCAGAUGAUUAAUGAUUUGGAAUGUGAUAUUUUUAAAAAUAAGAAGGGAAUUGCUGAAGUUUCCUACAUCAUGCAUUGCACUAUGAUUGACGGUGCAGUAGCUAAUGUUUUAACAAACACCAAUUCCUCAAGCAGAUGUUUCAUAUGUCAUGCACGCCCAACAGAAAUGAAUAAUAUUGAACAAAACAAAAUACCAAAUCCAGAUCAUUAUAAAUUUGGGUUAUCAACCCUCCAUUGCUGGAUUCGAUUCUUUGAAUGUCUAUUACACAUAGCCUACCGUCUGCCUUUUAAGACAUGGCAAGUCAGAAUGGAAAAUAAGGCUAAAUUUAUUGAAACUAAAGCCCGUAUCCAAAAAGAGUUCAAAAUUAAAACAGGUUUGAUAAUUGACCAAGUCAAGCAAGGGUUUGGAACAACAAAUGAUGGAAACACCGCUCGACGUUUUUUUGAAAAUAUUGACGUUGCCGCAGAAAUUACUCGUCUGGAUAAGUCUCUAAUCCAUAAUUUUUCUCUGGUGCUAAGAGUCCUCUCUUGUGGAAAACAAAUAAAAACCCAAGAGUUUAGUGUUUUGUUGAACGAAACAAGAGAGUUAUACCUUAGAAAUUAUG